UGCUCGUUGGCGCUGUCUGUGGUGCUGAAGCUGCUUUCGCCAACGGGAAGAGACCUGCUCCAGAAUCACCUCCGUGCAAAGGCGUUACGCGCUGGUCAGCGAGAGACAACCGCGAUCACCUAUUUGUUUAUGUUCUUUGUCUCUUUUAACGCGUUAUAAUAGUAGGCAAUCUUUACUGUUGAAUUUAGCUCCCCCUUGGAAGAUACUAUCCGUUCGCGCUUGUGUUUUUCGGCUCGCAUCCUUUAUGCACAGCACGCUGCUCCAGCCCUUAAAGAGAACACAGGCUUCGGAACAGCAUGGCUUCCUGAGCGAGAUGGAAGCGAAGCAGCACUCGAUCAAGAGCUUGAAAAGCUAUCCGGAGGCUGGGGGCCGGAGUCUGGCGGCGGCGGCAGCGGGUGGGGACGUCGGCGGCGGAGGUGGAGGGUAUCGCGUCGGCGGCGCGGAGAUGGAGAUGGAGGCGAAAAUACAGAAAGCGAUCGACUUCAAACUGGAGGGUCACCGAUGCUACAAGGAGAAAAAAAUCCGGGAAGCAAUUGGGAAAUAUCACAGGGCGCUGCUGCAGUUGAAAGGGAUCCAUGUCGUCGACGGGACCACCGGAUCUGAGGUGAACCUCCUGAACCAAGCCGCGACCAAGCUGACAGAAGAGCAGCGGCGAGCGGUGGAGAGCACUGAGAUCGAAUGCUACGACAGCCUGACGGCGUGCUUGCUGCAGUCGGAGCUGGUGAAUUAUGAACGGGUUAAGGAAUACUGUUUGAAGGUACUCGGACACCAGCAGGAUCACUUUAAGGCCAUGUACCGUGCUGGGAUUGCCUUCUACCACCUGGGAGACUACGAGUGUGCCCUGCGUUACCUACGCGAUGCCAAGUGCCGUGAACCCACAGACACAAACGUGCUGCGAUACAUCCAGCUGACGGAGAUGAAGAUGAGUAAGACCGGUCAGCAGGUGCGUGAGAGUGGGAAAGAGUCAUUGGGUUAAUUCGACCCGACCCCCACCCCCCCUCCAUGCCACACCCUAAGCCUGAUAGAAAACCUCUCUUCUCGAGUCUCUCCCCUUUUUCCCACAAUUCCCCCCCAUCCCUUGGACAGCCAGGAUAAAUGUGAUGUGCCUCUCUCUGAAAGCGGACUCGAAACGGGCACAGCUACAGCACAGCACCCUGCGACUGUAUUUUCUCGCGCUGAGAUUUCUCUGUCCCUUUAAAUCCAAUGACCCCAGAGCUUUUCAUUUCCCAGGUAUUGAGAAUUUGACUGAUGAACAAAGAACACGAAGACGAAAAAAGAAGAAAUGCUGUAUUAUAAUGAAAUAAGCAAUGGGGGUCUGACAUUACAAUUUGAAAUUACAUGAUGGAUAUUGAAAUGUGUACAAUGUUUUGAAUGAAAAACAUAGGUGACAGAAUUGAAUAUGUAGGUAGAGAAUAGAGUGAAAGCACACAUAUCAAAGCCACACUGGUACUUAAGCGCAGAUGAUGAAGGUCAAUGAUUAGGCUAGUGACCUUUGAACUCUCUCUGAUCCAUUGAGAAGCUUAAUACUGAAGAGAAGCAGAGAGGUCAACAUUCAGUUCACGCUCACCUGCCGACGCCUGUUACUUUCUGUCUCCUUUUUCUCUCUCUUGAAUUUGGGCAUAUCUCAACUCAAUUUCUGAACUGUUUCAAUUCAAGGGCUAAUUCAAUUGUUUGUAAUUUGUCCUUUGAUAUCGAUUUUGUUUUGCCUCUGGGUUUGCUGUACUAUAGUGGUUUGAGCAAGUUGGUAUCUUUCCCUUUACAACAUCCUCCGUACUAAUGUUAGCAGAUGUUUUGUGAAUCUUGUUGUCCAUUUGCUUGUAUAGGACUGUCGCAUCCAAAAGAGAAGAGCGCAUCCUGAUGAUGUCACAAUGGUUAUGCAGCCUGUUGGAAUAUUAUUAACUAAUGGAGCCAUAUUGAAAACUCUUGUGUUUCUACAAGAAACAGGAUGAACAACAUCUGAAGUGCUUGAUAGAGGUCUGCUAAACUUAAAUAAUAUAUCUACCCCAAAAGAUCAGUGUUACAAAAUAGUGGUAAGUGAAAGGACAAAAAUGCUCUGUUGACUCUGACAACCAUUAAUUAAGCGUUACGCGUUUGUCCUCUUCUUAGUGUUAUGCUUUUUGCGCUUUGUUAUGGAAACUGAUGAUGUUUUGUUCAUUGAGGCAGCAUCUCCAGUGGAUUCAUUUGAAUGUGAAGACGCCUUUGACAGCACCUGUCAUUCUGAGUCUAGUUUGGAUUAAUGGCUUUGAGGAGAUGGGGACAGACAGAUGAAAUUAUCCAUCUGACCUAAUAUAAGACAGAUUUAAUUGUGUCAGUGGGACGCUGGGGAUGUUGUGCCAUGGUUUCAAAUGAGAAGACGCACUGAUGAGAUUCAGAACACAUGGCAGGCCAUACAACCCCAUCUCUUUGUUGCAGUGACACUUGAGGAAACUGAGGAAUAUGGUGAUAAAAUAAGGUGCAUUCAGUUAUUUUUUUCUUAAUUAAUUUUUU